AUGGCCAUGCCGAUGACACCAAUGUCCCAGCCCUUGAUAACCUGGCCCUUACCGGCCUUGAAGGAGAAAGGCUUACCCUUCUUGUUGGCUAUUGCAAUCAAAGUGGUACUGGAACUAACCAUCGAACUGCUUUCCGUUCUGGAGCUUGCCAAUGUAUCGGACACCGACAGUGUCGCCGCUCUUGACAGUACGGCCGUUGCCAACGGUUCGGUCGUCAAUGGUGACGCCCUGGACAACCUUGACACCGGUGGCAGGCUUGGAGUCCUUGCUCUGCUUGGCCUUCUCAGUAGAACCGGUAGGACCCUGCUCAAGGUUCUUGGCGAACUGAACCUUCUUAGCGUCUUUCUUCUCUUCGGCAGCGACAGCCUCGCCCUUGUUGUUCUUGAGCUUCUUCUGUUGCUUCUUAGAGAGCUUAGUAUCAUCCUUGGUGAUGAGCUCGUCAAGGCCCUCGGCCUCCUCAGCGGCGCGCUUGUUCUUGCCCUUGUUGGCGGCAACGAGCUUAGGUGCCUCCUCCUCGUCAGUGUCGAUCUCCUGGACACGGGGGUCCUCAAGUCCAUCGAGUGUAUGACUUACCCUCUCGGUGUCGAGAGUGCAGAUGACAAAGUUCUCAAGGUCGGCACCGUCCUCGCUGUCAUCGUCGGAGUCCUCAUCCUCAUCCUCGUCGGACUCCUCGGUGGCCUUAGCCUUGCCCUUGGCCUUGCCAUUGGGCUUGCCAUUGGGCUUGGCAUCCUCCAUCUCGUCGUCGGACUCCUCUUGAGCGGACUCGAGAAGCUUCUUGAUGGCAGCAGCCUGUCGCUGCUUCUUGGCCUUGGCAGGGUCGCUGGGGCCACCGUUGGCCUCCUCAUCGGAGUCCUCCUCGUCGUCAGAUCCAGCAAGAAGAGCCUUCAGGUACUCGUCGUCAAUCUCAUCAUCCUCAUCCUCAUCGAGGCCAGGAAGAGCACGCUUGACGAGGCGCAGGGUAGAGCGAGGAACGGUAGGGAUGUUGCCCUCGCCAUCGGCCUCAGGCUCCUCGGUGGGGUCCACGGCAGCCAUGGUGAUGCGGAACUGCAAGAUUUUCUGACGGGCGGCGUCGCAAAUGAUGCGCCAGCGACUAGAAGCGAGCUCGGCCGAGCAGGCACAUCGCAUCACAUCAAGAGCGUCGCAAAGGCCCGAGGAGAUGAACUUACAGAAGCAGGAAACUCCAUGGCGGCAGGAAUCAAGAUCUCGCCAGGCGGGACCUCGAGGCCGUAA